UUAUUUUGUUGAGUUUAUUUUGCUUAAGUUGUUUUGUUUUGUUAUAUUUUAUUUAUUUAUUACAUUUAAUCGGUUUACUUGUUGAAUAAUAAAAUGAAAAGAACAAAAUCUAAUUUUUUUAAUGAUCUUUAUAAUCAGCCGUAUGAUCACAAUUCUAAAGUUAAACUUUAUAACAGUUGUAAAGCAAGUUUAGAGUUGGUGCAGAGGAUGUCACUUUUGAAACGUCUAAAGGUACAUAAUGGAUGUGUUAAUUCAAUAUGUUGGAAUCAUAAUGGUGAAUACAUACUCUCAGGCAGUGAUGAUCAGCAUCUAGUCCUCACUAAUGUUUAUAAUUAUAAGGUUUUGAAAGACUAUAAAACUAGCCAUAGAGCUAACAUAUUUAGUGCCAAAUUUUUGCCAAAUAAUGGUGAUCAUCGCAUUGUAUCGUGUAGCGGGGAUGGAAUGAUUCUUUAUACAGAUUUAAUGAGAACAUCUGAGACUUUUCACAAUCAAUUUACGUGUCACAAUGGUACUACUUAUGAAAUAGCAACAGUUCCUGGUGAACCACACAGUUUUCUAAGUUGUGGAGAAGACUGUAGUGUUCGAUAUUUUGAUCUUCGUGUUAAGUCUGCAUGUAAUACGCCUAGAUGUAAAGAGGAUAUACUAAUAUUAAGACAACGGCCAGUAACAGCAAUGUCAAUAAAUCCUGCAAUGCCACAUUAUUUAGCGAUUGGUUGUUCCGAUAGCUCUGUUGGGAUUUAUGAUCGUCGAAUGUUGAGCAUCGGCGAAAGAAAUUGGACUGAUGAGAAAAGUGUAAAUUGGACGUCUCCAGUAUCAGUGUUCACAGUACCAGAAUUCGAAGGACAUGCAUAUCGGAUAACGUCUUUGUGUUAUAGUCCUGAUGGCAAUGAUGUGCUCGUCAGUUACAGUAGUGACCAUAUUUAUUUAUUUAGCGCAAAGCAUCAAGGGAGUGUCUGUUUGAAAAAAGAUUGUCUAUCUGAAAAGAGUAAAAAUAAGCGACCACCAGUAAGAUCUCCUCAGCCAGUUCGAAGAUUAAGAUUACGUGGAGAUUGGUCUGAUACUGGCCCAGACGCUCGUCCUGAACGUGAAGGUGGACGUCGAAGUGGAGAAAUAGCACAAGCUCGGCCUAUGCUACAUACAUCAUUAAUGCAACGGAUGACUGAUGUCCUCAGUAGAAUGUUGAAUGAUCCAGCUACAAGAGCUGCUUUGAGCGGCGAUGGCGGUGAUAAUAUUCAAGGAGUUAUUGAUCAACAUACCGAAAACCAACAAACAGAAGAAUCUAUCGAAAUUAAUGAAGAAAGAAGUAAUGAAGUGCAAGUUAUGGAAACUGAAUCAAAUUAUCCAGCAUUAGAAGAUAGUCAAGAUAAUAAUAUGGAAAUUGGCGAAGAAAAUAAUUUAAAUUCAAUUAAUUCUGAGGUUGUAAGUGCUAAUGAACUUGAACAAAGUUCAGUUAUAAAUAACUCAUCGUCUGAAUCCGCAGACGAAAUAAAUAUAAUAAAUGAACAGUCUGAACAUAAUUCUAUAAAUAAUGAAACGAAUCAAACCGAAAAUCUAAUUCAGUCACACGUGUCUCCUUGCUUGCCACGUGAUAAAAUUACGAGGAAUCAAAUAACAGAUGGUGAUAAUAAUCGCAGUGAUGAAAUUAAUCCCGAUAAUGAUGAUGAUGAUGCCGAUGACACUUCGAUGAAUGUAGAUAGUACUAGAGAUGAAACAAUGAUGGAAAAUUUGCAAGAUCGAUUAACAUCAAUGAGAGAUGGCUUCUUAGAAAAACAUGGCAGUGAACCUGCAGUAAGCUUAACUUACUCUGAUAAAAGUUCUACCGGUGCAACUAUAUCUUUGGGAGUAGCUAAUGAAGUCAUACGAGAUAGCUAUCAUCCAGGACCAUCUGGAAGUCAAAAUUUGAGUUCUAAAUUGGUUACAUCAACGAUACCAUCAAGUAGUUAUGAUAAUAAGUCAGCAUUCAAUCAUAAAUGUGAUCAUGAACAAAUAGAGAAAGAAGAUGUUUACACUGAUAGUGAUGAUGAAGAAACAGAAAUGUCGAAGAAAAGUCAUAGGAGGGAAAGAAAUCCAAUCGAAGCAGAAAUGGAUGAAGCUGUGGCAAACGCUCGAUCUUCGUUAGGCUGUGAACAAUCAUUUAAUGUUGACGGAUCAAAAGAAUUUCAUGUAAGACAAAAAUACAUGGGUCACCGUAAUGCUAGUUUCUUUAGGACUAUGAUCAAAGAAGCGAAUUUUUGGGGCAACGAUUUUGUCAUGUCUGGCAGUGACUGUGGUCAUGUCUUCAUUUGGGAUCGAGAAACAGCUAAACUUUGCAUGUUGCUGGAAGCUGAUCAACACGUUGUCAAUUGUCUGCAACCACAUCCAUACCUACCAAUGCUUGCAACUUCGGGAAUCGAUUACGAUGUUAAACUUUGGACGCCGGUUGGUGAAGAAGCUCAUUUCAACACUAGUUUUGCUGAAGAUCUCCAGAAACGUAAUGCUGUAAUGCUUGAAGAGACCAAAGAUACAAUCACAGUACCAGCUGUAUUUAUGAUAAGGAUGUUGGCCUGCCUGAACCAAAUUCGAGGACGCGGUCGAAGAAGAAGGAGUGGUAACGAAGCUGAGGAGUUAAGAGGAGGAUAAAAAAGAUUUUUUUGUGAUAUAACUUUCUUAAAAUUUUAGAUGAAUUAUGUUAAAUGAUCAACAACGCUAUUUUUCAGGUAGAUAUUUCAAUGAUGACCUAAUUCACUGAUUUAUUUAAAACCACAUUUUUUUUAAAUUACUUAUAGUUGACAGAAUAAUUAAAAAUAUUUUCAGGGGAGUAAUAGCAAAAAAAAUUUCAUUUUUAUCAAUUUAUUUUAAUUUGGAAUGUUAUAUAGUUUAGUUAAAAAUUUAAUCACACCAUUACAUUACUUAUUUGAGUUAAAUAUAAAUUUAAUAUUUUUAUUAAUUAUAAUCAUAUUCACACUCAAAUUAUUUUGUUGAUUAUUUUUUAUUCACUAAAACAUGUGCCUUACAAAAAACUUGUGAAACUCGUAAAUACCAUAGACAAUACAAUAAAAAUCAUUUUAAUCUUUACAAAAUAAAAAUAAAAAGUAAUAAAAUCAACAAUAAUAACAGAAUAUUCAGAAAAUCAGUGAAAAAGUUUUGUAUUGAAUAUAAAAUCUUACCUUAAAAUAUCUAAGAAAUCGCAAUAAUAAAUUUAUCGUGCAAUAUUUAGAUCAAAGUAUGUAGAUGUUAAUUAGUUGUAAUGAAUUAAAAGUUAACUGUAAUAUCAGCUAUAUUUUUUAAAUUAUAAGUUUAAAUG